AACCGAUUCUCUUCCCUUUUCAAAUCAUUUAGAAUUUUAUCGAACAACUAAAUGCCUUAAAACUAAUUCAAGCAAACCAUGUGAACCAUGCCAACGUCCUAUAAAUACACGUAAAGCCAUUCAAGGCUCCUUCCACCGCCUUCCUUGCAUAAAUGUAUGAAUAGGCAUUGCAACUUGCUAUAGCUUGCUAAUUUUAAGAGCAAAAGAACAUAUAUAUAUUAUUUGAUUUUCUCAUCAAAUGGGUGGGGAAAGCAUUAAUGAUCCUAUUGUCAUCCAAUCAUCUAUUGCUCUACUGCAAGAGAGAUUUAGGCGGUUGCAGAGAAUGAAGGAGUUGAGAGAAGAGAGGGAACUACUAAGAAAGCUGGCGGAGCCUAAACAAUGCAGUCCCACCUUGCCUUAUGAUCAGCCAUCAGGGUUGUUGUUCUUUCACUUCUUGCCACCAAGGUCACCACCUCGUCAAGUGCCUAACUUCUCCCUCUUCUCUGGCCCGCAGAGCAAGUGUCAUGCUGGUACUACUUUUCGGUGCAUGGAGGCCCCAUUUUUUGCGAGUUUGUUGCCCAUAGUCACAGAGACAUCUCCAUCUUUGCAUGUCUCUCAGAACAAAUUAAAAGAUUCGGAUUCUGAUGAUGGUGUUGAUACGUCUCUUCAUCUGUAACAAAUUAACCCAUACUUGGUUUGGUGCAGUUUAAUAGUGAAGAAAGAGUUAGUA